UUUCUGUUAUCUUAUUGGCAUUUCUUGUUUGACCUGUUUAGUUUUCCAUUGGUUCAAACAUCAAAUUUACGGUUAGAUUGUUUUGAGAUGUUGUUGCAUUGACUAGUUAAUGCUGCAUUUACCUUUUCCUCAAAAUCCUCUUGUUCCCAGUGGUCAAACGUUAAAUUGGUAUUUUGCAUUCCUGAUUUCAUUGAUUACAAUUAGUCAUGCAUAUCUUCUGUAAAGCAGCUUGAGUUCUUACUUCUGAGCCAAUAUUUUUGUUAGGCUGAGAUGUUACCUUCCCCAAACCCCCCCAGAAGUUUCAUAACUUUGUUUCCUUCCUUUUAUGAUGACAUACAGCUUUUUGGGUUCAGAAAUCCAUUUGUCCAACGACUUCUUCGGGAGCUUGUGGCCAAUAUAAAUGGAACAGCAGAACAGAGUUUGCCAUUCGCCAGUUUCUUCAAUGAUGCUUCUGCACGAGAGCAUGAAACACGGUUUCCAGACUCAUUUACAUGUCCUGAUUUACUGCCAUACUUGGAAAAGCCACUUAUUACUGGGAAACGAAGUAGAAAACACAAAAUGACAACCAUAAAUGCCAGUGCUGCUAGAGUUAAAAGAUUCCGGCCUCAACAUUUGUCAAAUGGUUCUGAGGCUGCAACUACUAAACAUGAGAUUCAAAGGCUUCAUCACGAUCAGAAAUGUAAUUGUACUUCACAUGUGGACCAUGAAAUAUAUAUAGGUCAAGGAACUUCAUCUGCGUCAGAGGACCUGCCUACUACAACUGAGAGGGGAAAUGAACCAACCUCAGUCAAAGAUGGUUCGCUCUUGGAAUCUGCGUCUUUCGACAAUUGUAGAGAGGAAACUGACUUUCCCCUGGAGACAAGGAUGGUUGUUGGUCUUAGAAACAAUGAGUUUUUGAAGCAGGACAGACUUGGAUGCCACUUAACUGUGGAAGCCAGCGAUGGAGAAACCCUCAUUCUGACAGAGUCAAAAGCCGUCAAUGAUUCAGAUCUAUGUGCUUCUGACACCUUGGAUCUUCAGCAAGAUAAUAUUACUGAAUCUAUGCCAGAGGGAAGUCGUUGCAAUGUCAGAAAUGAGGUAGUUGAGACUACAAGGGAAUUACAUCCAGCAAAAGACAUGGACACAUCUACUUCAAAUUCUCAGAAGAGUGACUAUGAUUCAGUUGGGAAUGAAUUAACCAAAUCAAUGAUGACAGUUCUUCUCCCGCGAGCACUUCCUCUACUUAAGAAGACGUCAAUGAGAAAAACGAGACCUAUUCAAAGCUCAGAAAUUUCUAACACUAAAUGUGACCCUCCUGUGAGUUUAGUUGACUUGAAGAUUCAGGAGGAAAGUAAUGGGUUCAGCCAUCUUCGCGAUGAAGCAUCUCCAAGUAAACUUGUUCCUCAAAUGCCUAGUAUUCCAAGUUCUGAAGAUUUCAUGUCUGUCAUACCAGACAGUUUUGAGGAUGAUCAAUGUUCGAAUCAUGCAAGUAACCAGAGGCAUACAUUUUCUUAUCUAGCUCAAGCUGAUAAAGCACCUAAUCUUAACGAUGUAUGCAAUCAUGAUACUUUGGGACUGUUUGAAAGUUCUGAUAGGAGACAAGAGUUUAUUAGAAACAGUGACAAGGAGGAGCUUCAACAUGUUGAUGGUGGGAAAGAGUCUCUACAUGUUGGAACCGAUGGAAACAAGGAAAGCUGCUUUGAUGAAGCACUGACAACUCCUGAUGAAAGGUUGAAGGGAGAAUCUCUCACUGAUUAUUGUUUAGGUUGCUUGUCUCCCAACAAAGAGAUCUUUCUUGAAGAGUCAAAUAAUGCUUGCAAAAACUGGGAUAAGAAUCCAUUACCUGUUGAAACUGAUUCUAGGGUGGAUGGUUUUGCACAUAAAGACCUCAAGCUUGUAUCUAACCAGACAGAAGGUGCCUCUGUCCUUCUGCCAACCUUUUCUGUGAACAGUCAUUCUCCGUCUUCUCAUGCUGAAAGAAUGUUGAAUGCCAAAGUAUCGGAUUCAUGUAGAGCUGAUGAAUCACCAAUAAACUCUACCUUUCAAAGAAAAGAGACUGCACAUAGCCCUGCAUUGGUUACUUUUUCUCCAAAAAUCGCAUAUCUUGAAAAGGCAUCUCAGCCUCCUUUUUCUCCCAAGAAUUUGGAAAUUAUGACUAGUGAAAUACCUAAACCAAAACUUGUUCAAUAUUAUAAAAAAGGUGGUUCUACUCUGAAGUAUCAAAGAACUGAUAUAUAUUUGGAUCACAGUACAGAAGACACUGACUUAAUUGGUGCAAUGAGUCCUGGUUGUAUUUUACAGGAGGAGGUUGAUAUUGAAAGAGGAAUUACCAGAACAGGCAGUGACUACAACUUUGUUCAGAAAGUAGGUGAAGAACCUUCAAUUAGAAAAUAUAAUGGCCCUCUUUCUGAAAGUAUAAUUUGCAGGAAUGUUGGAGAUGUAUGUUUUCCUGGGACAGGUUCUGCCAAAGAUGCUUUGCUUGAUACAAAAAUUGGUGAAACGGGUGACUCAAAUAACUGCUUAAUGAGAAACGUUUUGCUUGCACAUGAAGCCAAGCUUAACGGACAACAUCAUGAUCCGCAUAUCGUGGAGGCUAAUCUCAAACCCACGGACACAUCAGUUGAUAUUGCUUCUUCUGUGUCUCAAAUGGAAAAAAUGUUUGACCAUGCCACGAAAUGCACCAUUGCAUCUGGCCAUCCCGAUCCUUAUGGUUCCCAUGUGAAAAAUCAUCAAGCUGAUGCUUCCAAUGAGGUGGUUGAGCCACACAACCUUAUGGGGUGCAGUAAUAUGGUAUCGUUGUUCCAGAAAAAGGAUGAGAAGUUCUUUGGUUGUAGCGAACAUAAUGCUAAGAAAGUUCAGGCACACCCUCACAUGAAGUACUCUACUAGGCAUGAUUGUAGAAAUUCUCUCUCUCUUGGUGAGUCACUUAAAAGAAAUCUCUUACAGGAUAGUUCAUUUCCAUUGGAGAUGGAGCCUGAAAACAAGUCAAAGGGGUUUGUUGCGCUUGUUGGAUGCUAUGUUCAUCCAAGCCCAGUUCUCUCUGUACUUUAUAGUAACAAAGGAGAUGAUAUCAAUAUUUGUGUUUUAUGCGGUCAUUUGGUGGAUAGUGUUAGGACCAUUUUUAUUUACAAGGUUCCAAUUAAAGAGCCAAUUAGAGGAUACCCUUCUUUUCUUGCUUACUCAUCAAUUGUGCUGCCGAUUUUGGAAGAUUCAUUUGGAAGAAAAGUUGCACUUGAGAGAUAUGGGUUUCAAUUUACUCCAGAUGGGCAAUGUCUUGUUUUCCUGAACGGUAUCAAGGCACCUUGUUGCAGGGAGCAGAGAAUCCAUUGUUUGUGUUCUGCAUGUACCUCACAAUCGUUUGAGGAGAAUGCUGUUAAGGUUGUGGCCGUAAAACUUGGUUAUGUUUCAGUUGUGGCCAAGUUAAAAGCUAUUGAAAACAUUCAGUGUAUACUAGUUUGUGGAAACAGCCACCUGGUUUCUGUUGGAGAGAGUGGGACUCUGCAUGUUUGGAUCAUGAAUUCAGAAUGGAGUGAGCAGGUGGAAGAAUUCAGUUUACAAAGUUUUGAUUGCGCAUCUCCUGGUGUAAUGGAAUUAAAAAGAAUCUCAAAGUGUGGCUCUUUAAUUGUUGGUCACAAUGGUUUUGGAGACUUUGGUUUAUGGGAUAUAUCCAAACGCACCCUCCUAUCGAGGUUUUCUUCUCCAAAUAGUUCAAUUUUUCAAUUCAUUCCAGUUGGUUUGUUCAACUGGCCGCAAAGAGGCUUUAACACUGCUAAUACUGACAUGGAGGAGCAAGUCAGAGAGAUUAUGGCUGCUAUGGAGGUUUGGUUUUCAGGGGCAGGGGAAGACCACAUUUCUCUUCUACUGAAUGGAGAAGAUAUAGCCAUCUGGCUUAUUGUCUUGACUGAUUCUAAUCCCGAGGUUCAACAGGAUGAUAGGUCAAAAGGCAGCCAGACAACUCCAGGUGGAUGUUGGAGGCUAGUUUUGUUGGUGAAUAACAUUGUGAUCUUUGGAAGCCCAUUGGAUCCAAGAGCUUCUGCCGCUGAUGCAUUAUUUGGUCGUGGGAUCAUUGGCACACGUGAUGGGCUUGUGUAUGUGUGGGAAUUGUCUACAGGAGCAAAGCUGUCUGAUCUGCAUCAUGUCAAAGGUGGGGUAUCACUUAUUGCAGCUGAUUCUGGGUCAGGUGUGUUUGCAGUAGCUGGUGAAGAAUGCCAGCUGCAGGUUUAUCUACACACGUUAAAUGAGUUUUAGUAAUAUAGGGCUAUAAAUAAGCCAAGUUGCUCCACUUCCAUCUCCCAAUAGCUUCAUCACUUACAAUGGGUCAUUUAGCUGGAAUGGAAGACAAUCUUAUAGAUCAAGGGGAAGAAAAUAGAACACAAACUUAUACUAAAGGCAUUGAGCAGUGUACUUGUAACUGUAAUCUUUUGGUCAGGUAAUAAAAAAAAAAAAUUGUAUAUUUUGUAUAAUGAGAAAUCUAUAAUUCUAUAUACUUCAAAUGGAGCAGAGACUUGCAUGGAUA